CAAACCCUACCUCUACCUCAUCUCAAACUACACCUCUAACUAUGAAAGCCGCGACACUAGUAUCUGCCCUUUCUUUGGCCGCUGUAUCUACUGCCCUUCCAUCCCAUCGCAGCGACCGCGAUAUUCCUAUUGCCCUCGUUGACUCCAAUGCUGGGAUUCUAGGCAGUCUCGUGCAGCCGGCUGUUACCGCUGUGUACUACAACCCACGCGCUGAUCGGGAUGCCCAGCGCGAGGAGCGCCGCAAGGAGUGGCGUGAGUGGUCACACGAGACUGGCGCCAACGGCGUUAGCAACGGUGCUAAUUUCGUCAACGGCAUUCUAGAUGGCGUCAGCGGAAUCGUCGACUCGGCAGUCGGCCCGGUCUACUCGUUCUUCGGAGUUAGGUCUCCUUAAACACACAAGCUACACGGAUGGCACCGUUUCGAACCAGAUGUUCUCAAUAGAAGGCUGCUCAGACUGGUUGCAUAUUCACAUGGUGCCAAUCCCACUUUAUAGACUGGCAUCUACUCCAUCAAUGGAAUAUUCAUAUUUUCACUACGUUUCAAGAUUGCACCGUUAUUAAUAAACGCACACAGAAUAGAAAUACCCUGAGACCAU